AGUUGUUGCUGGCGAUUGGAAAGAUGUCCAAAGCUAGCCUGCCUAGUACUUCAACAAAGCGUUUAUUAAAAGAACUUGCAGAUUUAUCUAAAGAGUCUAUUGAUGGAAUAGUUUUUGAUUCUGAUAGAAUUUCAACUAAUCUAUUAAAAUGGAGAAUAUGGGUUAUUGGUGCAGAAGAUACAUUGUAUCACGGAGAAAAAUUUGAACUUGAAUUUACAUUUGGAAGUAAAUAUCCUUUUGAAUCUCCUCAAGUUGUUUUUAUUGGAAAUAAUAUUCCUCUUCAUCCUCAUGUUUAUACAAACGGACACAUUUGUUUGUCCAUAUUAACAGAUGACUGGACACCAGCUAUGUCUGUAACGUCUGUUUGUUUAAGUAUACUUAGUAUGUUAAGUAGCUGUAAAGUGAAACAGCUACCACCUGAUAAUGAUCGUUAUGUUCGGACUGCUGGUAAAAAUCCUAAUAAAACAAAAUGGUGGUAUCACGAUGACACUGUUUGAUUAAACAAAAUAUUAAACUUUUCUAAUUAAUCUUUAUCCAAGUAUUUUCAAGUAUAAAAUAUGACAGAAAUGGAACUGCUAGUGGCAUAUGUGCUAUUAUAUUCUUACGUUGUUAAGUGCACACAAACAAUAUAAAUAAAUGUUAUUAUCUCAUGUAAUAUUGUUGCUUAUACUGUAUUAUUCUUAUAAUUCUACUAUGCAAUAUUUUUAAUAGAAGGAAUUUCUUUUUAUAACCAAUUUGUACAUAAUUAUCUAUAUACAUAUAUAUAUUUAAAUGACGUGAUCAUUAUUUUAUCAGUUGAUGUCUAUAAAAGUGUAGCUAAUAGUUACUUGA